GAAAGCUUCAACGACGUCCUCUUGGCUUCCUCCUUCCAACCUCCUCUGAGAAUCAGUGUUACUUUCCUUUCCUCACCUUCCUUUUGCUGCGAGUGAGUUCCGUAGCUUCCUCCUUUGACGGUGACGGAGCGUUUUGAGCGUUCUCCAUUCAUUCAUCCCUGAGCUACCAUUUGGGCGACUGAAGAAAGCAGGCGAAGCAUAUAGUAGCGGUGGAGCUGCUACUCUGUGCUCUGCUUUUCUUCUGCUGCUCUUCUCAGUUCUCUCAUCUAAUCCAUCAAACAAAAGGCUCUUUUCCGUUCGACGCAUUGCCACGAUGGCUUCUUCCGUGGAAGAGUUCAUGAACAAAGAUAUUCAUUCAGACGACCUCGCUAUCACCCCCGUUGAUCCUCCCCCAAGCCCUCAACACCAUGAACAUAGGGAAGCUGAGGAACCGGGGAUUGGAGACACUGCUAUAAAAGUUCAUGGUCGGAAAAGGAAGUCCAAGGGGGUUCCUCACGAUGAUCGCAUGGCCAAAGAAGAAAAGCUUGUCAAAAGAAUCAUUUUAUCAUUGACAAAGCCUUCCUAUGUUCUAGGAUUGUGUCCUCACAAAUUGAGGUCAGAAAAUCAGUAUAGAUUGCGGAUUAUAUUGCAGAGACUCGUGAAACAGCAAAAAUGGGGGGAAGCUAGUGGUGUACUUAGUGUGUAUCUGCAGGCAACGGUUAAAGAAAAGUCACCUUUUGAUAAUCAGUUUAAGUUUUGGGUUUUACUUGAGUUUCUCAAACAUGUUGAAAAUAGUCGUAUCAGUCCUACGAGAAUCAAGAACAUCUAUGAUGUUUGGAUGAGGAAGAAUGGAUCGAUGAAGUAUUGGCCGGUAGAGAACAGAUUUGCUGUUCAUUUGGAGUUCAUACUGUUUUUUAUUAUGCAAGGCAACAUUGAGGAAGCAUACCAGGCUGUGCUAUGCCUCAAGCAAGAAAAUGGGUCUGAUCAUGAUUUUAUGGCAAAUAUGAUGAUGGGUUUGGUAUUCUAUGAGUUGUGGUAUUCCUGUAUCCCGAAAGAGUUCCAAUGGAGAGAUUUAGACGAAAUUGACUCCCCACGGACCUCAUAUAUAGAGGGAGAUGAAUUCAGCAAUCAACGCGGACAAUCAGAGUGGCAUAAUACAGUUGAAACCCAUAUAGGAGAGGCUUUUUAUAAAUGUGACUCAAAUUCAUCUGUCUGUAAUGAUAAAAAAAUAUCUGUCGAUGCUGGGGUUGACCAAGACAUGAGUGCUCCUAUGGAGAUCAAUGUUGACCAUCAAAGAGAAAAACCUCUUUCAAAUUUCCAGCCUCAAGGUUUUUACAUGGAUUCUGAAGAACAUACAGAAAAUGGAGACUCUGACUUUAAUAACAGAUUUCAUAUGCAAGAUGCCUCUUCUUUAUAUGCUCUUGGGGGACUUGAUUCGGAGUUGUUACCCUUGCAUUUGCCUGACCACCACAGUUUGGAGAAUUUCAUUUUCAUGCACAACAAACUGCUUAAUGGCUAUUUCAGAGAUGCAGUGAAGUAUUUACAGAGGGCUCUUGACUCAACCCCCUCUGCAUUAGCAGCAUUACUACCGUUGAUACAGCUUUUGCUGAUUGGAGGUCAAGUUGAUGAGGCACUAAAUAUACUUGAGAAGCAGUGCCGGACUUCUGACUCUGCUCUUCCAUUUAGAUUGAAGGCUAUCCUCCUGGAGCGGUUGAAACCAAACAAUUCUCUCUUACUUGCAAGCUGUUUUGAGGAUACAUUAAAGAAGGACCGGACAUGUUGUGAAUCAUUAGCAAAGCUUGUAAAGCUGCAUCUAAACGGGCAUUAUAAUGUUGAGUCUCUAGUAGAAAUGAUUGCUUCACACUUGGAUGCUACAGAUGCAGAACACUACACAUGGAAGGUGUUUGCUUCUUGUUUCCUUAUAUUAUUUAGCUAUGAGGAAGAUUGCAUGUCUACAUGCGUAAAUGAUAGUGAAGAUGAGCUCAGAAAACACGUUAGAUCUUUCCCAAGCGGCAUCCCAAAAGUAUUUACAGAGAAGCCUUGGAAGGUGCGGAGUAGGUGGUGGAAAAGACGACAUUUUGGAUCAAAGAAUUGUAAAUCAGAAAUUCAAGCUGGUGAUUUGCAGUUAUUGACAUACAAAGCUGCUUGUGCAUCGUACAUAUAUGGAAGAGAGUUCCCUUAUGUUGUGAAGGCUCAUUCUCAUUUAGAAGAACAAAAUGAGAAGGAUUUAUUGAGCCUUUUGGAUAAUCACAGAUACAGCUCAUAUGGAUUUUAUAAAAAUUUGACAUAAAGGUACAUAGUAACACAAUUUAACUAAAAGCAAUUAACAACAGUCUGGCAUGUGAAUCUGAGAAGAAAGCAGUAGAAUAACAUACACGAACAAGCAAUCAAAGGACAUGGACCUUGAACCUGAAAGUUUGUACUUCGAUAGAUACCAAGCAUUGAUGUAUUGGGGGCUAACAGUGCUACCACAACAAAGUUUCAAGGGCUCACGGUGCUAAUAGAGAAAAUUUAGAUGAUUUAAUCAAGAGUACAAAUACAUAAAAAGCAAAUUAAAAAUUAAAAGAAAGUAUAUGUGCUUGUAAAAUGGUUUUUCCUUGUAAGAACAUAUUCUCCUUUAGUGCGUUGAGUUUAUUACUAAUUUUUGGUGA